UUUCCGGAGGUGAGUGGCGCAUCUCCUCCUUCACAGAUUAUCUUGACCCGAACAGCGGCGCUCGGUAGUUCGGAGCUGCGGCGGAGACUCCGAGGCGGAAUCUCGGCUCUCUGAUUAGAUCAGACAAAGCGCCGCUGCAGAGACGGCAAGGCUGCCGAAUUAGCACCGCUGCAGCGCUGUAAACAGGUAAAGAUACGGGCUUCCUGAGUUGGGGGGAGGGGAGUCGGGGGAGGGGGGCAGCGGGCAGAGAGGUCAGCGUUCAGAAUCAGCUCUGACCAGCAUGCAGCCAACAGACGGCACUGAAACUUCAGGCAUGAGGCUGCAGCAGUAGCGGUGCGGCAGAAUGAGGCCUCAGCAGGUCUGAGAGGCUCAGUGAGAAGCGGCUGUUGAGGAACUGCAGGUUCGGAUCUGUGCCUGUUCGGAGGGGCUCGUUUUCGCUUCAGCAGUGCGCUAUGCCGCUGCAGCUGGCUCGGGCCGCGCGCCGCAUCUGCAGCUCCGCCUCUGUCCGCAGUCUGAGCAUCCACACCAGCAGGAGGCUCAGAGUGCUGGUGGACAUGGACGGGGUCAUCGCCGACUUCGAGGGGGGGUUUCUGAAGAAGUACAGGCAGAGGUACCCGCACGAGCCCUACAUCAGCCUGGAGGAGCGCAGGGGAUUCUGGGUGUCCACGCAGUACGGAGAGCUGAGGAGCGACCUUUGCGAGAAAGCCAUCAGCAUCUGGGAGUCCAAAAACUUCUUCAUAGAGCUGGAUCCACUUCCAGGAGGGGUGGAAGCUGUGAAGGAAAUGUCCAGGAUGGAGAAUACAGACGUCUUUAUCUGCACCAGCCCCAUCAAACACUACACGUACUGUCCGUACGAGAAGUUCGCCUGGGUGGAGAAGCACCUGGGCCCGGAUUUCCUGGAGCAGAUCAUUCUGACCCGAGACAAGACGGUAGUGACCGGGGAUGUCCUCAUCGACGACAAGCCCAACAUCCACGGCGCAGAACCCAACCCGGCCUGGGAACAUGUUCUCUUCACCGCCUGCCACAACAAGCACCUCCCGGCCAAUCCGGCGCAGCGACGGCUCCUCUCCUGGGAGGACGACUGGAGGGGCCUCCUGCAGAGCAAACGCCAGCGGGACCUUUGGGACCGUUAGGAGGAGCGGUGGGCUGGCGGUCAGAGUAGAUGGGGGGCGUGACGGGGGUGACGCAGCCUCAUUCACCUCCGUCACCUUCCCUUCAUAACACACUGUCUCACCCAGCGAUCACAGCUAUUGAUCCUCACUGUCAGGAGUUCAGAGCUGUGGUCGAGUUCUUGGUUCGGUCAGUAAGUUCUGAGUUUACAUCGAGCAGAAACUGCCUCACAUUUUAUUUUACAGGAACGCUCCAGUGCUCCUCAGCAGGACCUCCGUCUGCCGUGUCUUUACCGGACAGUCCAGAAGUAAUAAAGAGCAGAGAACCCGCAUGCUCACAGUUGGGUCAGUGGACAGUGGCUGAACUCUGUCUGGGGUGGUCUUUGUACUAGGCAAAGCCCCUGUGAUACAAGGAAAAUAUGGGAUAUGGGCCCUUUAAAUAAUCCUAACACGCCCUUACAGCUCCCUCAACAUGAGAAAUGUUAGACAUAUAGAUCAGAUUUAAGAUGAGUUCACCUGCUGUGAUGGUACUGUUCACAGCCCAGAGCCUCAACUCAUCUAAAAAUCUACAUCCAUCUAUACAUGCUUUUUACCCAGAAUUCUCAGAAUCACUAACUCCGCCUCGAAUCGUCAGUCAACAGUUUGGAAUGCGCUGGACGCAAAAGUUAGAAAAGAGGACGAACAAAAUCCGAAAAAUCACUUUUAGCGUCCGAGAUAUGAUCAGUUAUACAAGCGCUCGGAUUCGUUUAUAAACACGUUAAUAAAUACCUUAAUAAAGCUGCUCUUAUUAUCCGACACUGGACCAACACAGCGUCUCUAAACCUCAACCACCGCACUGACCCGGGACCAGAUCUCGUGGCUUGUGAUGUCAUAAACACGGGAGGGGUCGGAUCUUAGCUCAGUGCUGUUGUGCUUUGUGAAUUAAAGCUCUGGUUACUUUCGCUUUUCCUAAAGCUUUCUGGUAUCCAUGGCGAUCAGGCGGAGCCUGUGGAAACUCCGCCCACACACUGCCGUGUUGGUAACAUUAUUUAUAUCUUUAUUUAUAAAUGCAUUUUAAUGAAUGUUUCCACAGAAAAUAUUUACUGACUGAAUUCAGCAUCUGCCCAUCGACCUCUAUCACACACGAGUGAAGUCGGGUUUCUGCUCUUUAAUAAGCUCAGAGGGUCAGUCUGUAAAACACACCGUCUGACCAGCAGACGGAGAUCAGGGUGAGGAAGGCUGAGGGUUCCUUUAAUAUCAUGCAUGUCAAAGGGAACACAAACUGCAUGGUAGCUUCACUUCACACCUUUUAACCUUUAACCUUUAAGCGCACAGAUAUUCUACACACUGACUCUGAGUAAAGUGGACAGACAGAUUACAGCACUGAGAAUGAGAGUCGUCCGAGGUUCACUUCAUUCCUCUGUUCUAUCACUCAGGUUUCAGGGAAAACACAUCAAACGCACACGUUUACUACCUACGUCCUUUAGCACUGAGACACUGAGCUCAGACUGAGCUUCAAGGGGAACUCCACCCAUUUUUACCAAAAUUCCUGCAUAAUUAAGUGGUUAAGAUGUAAUCAGAGCGGUUCAGAGUGGAUUGGUGUGAAACGCUCCGUUCUAGAGAAACUUACCGAGUCAGAACUGCUCACAGUG